UUGCGUAAUGGCUUCUUUGUUUCUCUUCUUAUCUCUUUUUGUUGCAACAUGUGUUGCAGAGGAUUAUGAAAUUUCGGUAAACGUUAAUGACAUUGUACGUGAAGUAUCACCGUUUUGGCACAGCACUGGUUUCUGUCCUCCUCUUCCUCAUGAGAAGUCACGUGACUAUGAUCUAGCAGAAGAUGAAAUACAGAAUAUCAUAUAUAUAGGCUCUAUACCCAACAACGGUAUAGAACAGGUCCGAAUCCAUUGGCUUCUUGAUUUAGUAACGUUAGAAAAAAAUUCAAGCGACCAUUUCGUCUACAACUUCACUUUUCUUGACAUUCUGCUUGAUCAUCUCCACGACAACGGGUUGAGGCCCGGAUUUGAAAUUAUGGGAAAUCCUUCUGAUUAUUUUACUACGUUUGAUGAUGACAAACAAGUGCGAGAGUGGAGAGAGCUUGUGAUGUCACUAGGUAGGAGAUAUAUUGAUAGAUAUGGUGUAGAGUAUGUCGAGAAGUGGAAUUUUGAAACAUGGAAUGAACCAGAUCAUCACGAUUUUGACACUCUCAACAUUACACUUAAUGGAUUCAUGAAUUAUUAUGAUGCUUGUUCGGAAGGUUUACUAGCAGCAAGUCCAAGACUGAAAUUAGGUGGUCCAGGGGGUAGUUGUCGUGAGCCUCCACAGUCUCCAAUCUGUUGGGGUCUAUUGGAUCAUUGCAUUAAUGGAAAGAAUUAUUUUACCGGCGAAACAGGUGUCCGUAUUGAUUUUAUUUCGUUUCAUCAUAAAGGCGGUGGAGUGUCUAUGAACGUGCUCGAGCAGGAGCUUGAAACGAUGACAAUGAUAAGAGAGAAAUAUCCACGUUUGGCGACUGUGCCCAUCUACAAUGAUGAGGCAGACCCUCUGGUUGGCUGGAGUCGUGGAGAAAGCUGGAGGAGUGAUGCACGAUACGCUGCAGUCGUAGUGAAAAUCAUUGCUCAACAUUUCCAUCUUCUGCUCGACCCAUCAAACUCACCCUACUCUCUUCUAAGCAAUGACAAUGGUUUUAUGAAUUUUGGUCCACCGAAUUUUUUCGAUCAACGAACAUUGAAUACUCGUUUUCCGAUGAACAAGACGGUUCCGAAGAGUGUGGAGAUAGUUCGUAAGCCAGUUGCUGUUGCUAUGGGUCUACUGUCGUUGCUAGGGGAGAUGCAACUUAAAAGCAACGUGACAAUUAAUAAUCAGACUGUGGGGAAUGAUAGUUCAGUUGGGGUGAUUGCGUCUUUGCAUCUCCCAAUGAAUCAGCCAGAUGACAGCGUUCAGAUAUCAAUUAUUGUCUAUAAUAGUAAUGACACAGCAGAGUUGGUGCCAUCGCAUGAUGUCGUUCGGUUAACUAUUUCUAAUCUUGUACCACAAAAUGUGACAGUCAACGAGAUGGUCUGUAUUCACUACAGAUUGGACAACAACCACACAAAUCCGGAUGCCGUAUGGGAACAAGGUGGAAAACCCGACUUUCCGUCUGCUACUCUAUUUGCUAGCAUGCGUGCUCAACAAGAUCCGGUUACCAUUGCUGGACCAUCUAUAGUAAAACCAGAGUUACAAUGGACUGAUUCGUUUGAUCUACCGCUUCCUGCUGUUGAUCUAAUUCACUUUUGCUCAAAACCGAUGGCCGCACCGUCACAAGUCAGUCAAGUGCGACUACACCAGGUACACAAGAACGAGGUACUCGUCUCGUGGACUGAUGUUUCUUCACGUUGUUUGCUCAUGUACAACGUCUAUUACUCACUCUCACGUGACGUCGGCUACAAGCGAGUAUCAACGCACAAUAGCAUCUUUACUCUACUGUCACAUCAAGUGCCAGACUUGAAAUCAGUUGCUGGCGUCACAGUCUACUACAAAGUUGCAGCGACCGACUACUGGCAGAGAGAAGGCGCAGCAUCGCUCCCAGUCAAAAUUACUCUCUAG